AUGACCUACAGGGACAAUGCAGGUACUGUUUGCAGCCUGAAGAUUGUGACCCUCCUGGUGGCCCUAAGUCCAAAACUCCUAUUCGUGGGAGCCGAAGUGCAGCUUCAAGACAAUGGGUAUGAUGGAUUACUCGUUGCAAUCAAUCCUCAGGUAUCUGAAGAUCACAACCUCAUCCCAAACAUUAAGGAAAUGAUAACUGAAGCUUCUUUUUACCUAUUCAAUGCUACAAAGAGAAGGGUGUUUUUCAGAAGUAUAAAGAUUUUAAUACCUGCCACAUGGAAAGCUAAUAAUUACAGCCAAGUAAAACAAGAAUCAUAUGAAAAGGCAAAUGUCUUAGUGACUGACUGGUAUGGGACACAUGGAGGUGAUCCGCAUACCCUACAAUACAGAGGGUGUGGAAAAGAGGGAAAAUACAUUUAUUUCUCACCUGACUUUCUACUAAAUGAUGACUUAACUGCUGGCUAUGGAUCACGAGGCAGAGUGUUUGUCCAUGAAUGGGCCCAUCUCCGCUGGGGUGUGUUUGAUGAAUAUAACAAUGAGAAACCUUUCUACAUCAAUGGGCAAAAUCAAAUUAAAGUAACAAGGUGUUCAUCUGACAUCACAGGCAUGUUUGUGUGUGAAAAAGGCCCCUGCCCCCAAGAAAACUGUAUUAUUAGUAAGCUUUUCCAAGAAGGAUGCAUGUUUAUAUACAAUAGAACUCAAAAUGCAAUGGCAUCAAUAAUGUUCAUGCAAAGUUUAUCCUCUCUCACCUUUCCUUUUACCAUCAGUUGCUUGAGCAAGAAGAGUAUGUCUGGCAUGACAGAGCCUUUAUUUUCUGAUAGGCCUUGUUCUUUUCCCAGGUGGUUGAAUCGAGAAGCUCCAAACCUGCAGAACCAAAUGUGCAGCCUCAGAAGUACGUGGGAUGUAAUCUCAGACUCCACUGACUUUAAUCGCAGCUUUCCCAUGAACGGGACUGAGCUUCCGCCUCCCCCCAUGUUCUCCCUUGUGCAGGCUGGGGAUAAAGUGGUCUGUUUAGUGCUGGAUGUGUCUAGCAAGAUGGCAGAGGCUGACAGACUCCUUCGACUGCAACAAGCAGCAGAAUUCUACUUGAUGCAGGUUGUUGAAAUUCAUACCUUUGUGGGCAUUGUCAGUUUCAACAGCAAAGGAGAGAUCAGAGCCCCGCUGCACCGGAUUAACAAUGACGAUGACCGCAAGCUGCUGGUUUCAUAUCUGCCUGCCACUGUGUCAGCUGAAGCAGAAACCAGCUUCUGCUCAGGGCUUAAAAGGGGAUUUGAGGUGGCUGAGAAACUGAAUGGGAAAGCCGAUGGCUCUGUGAUGAUAUUAGCGACCGGUGGAAAGGAUGAGCAUAUCAGCAAUUGCUUACUCACUGUGCUCAGCAGUGGUUCAACCAUUCACACCAUUGCCCUGGGCUCAUCUGUGGAUGAAAACCUGGAGGAAUUAUCACGUCUCACAGGAGGUUUAAAGUUCUUUGUUCCAGAUAAAUCAAACUCCAACAGUAUGAUUGAUGCUUUUGGUAGAAUCUCUUCUGGAAAUGGAGAUAUUUUGCAACAAUGUUUUCAGCUUGAAAGUGUGGGUGAGAAUGUCGAACCUCACCAGCACCUGGAAAAUGCCGUGACUGUGGACAACGGUGUGGGCAGUGACACUACCUUUCUGGUCACAUGGCAGACCAGGGGUCCCCCUGAGAUUGUGCUGUUUGAUCCCAAUGGAAGAAAAUACCACACACAUAACUUCAUCAUCAAUGAAGCCUUGAGGACUGCUCGCCUCUGCAUUCCAGGAACUGCUAAGCCUGGGCUCUGGACUUAUACACUGAACAAUACCCACCAUUCUCUUCAAGUCUUGAAAGUGACAGUGACCUCUCGUGCCUCCUGCCCAGCCCAGCCUCCUGCUACUAUGGAGGCCUUUGUAGAAACAGACAGCACGUCUUUUCCCCAUCCCAUGAUGGUUUAUGCAAAUGUGAGAAAGGGGCUUUAUCCCAUUCUCAACGCUACAGUAACUGCUACUGUUGAGCCAGAGGAUGAAGAUCCUGUUACGCUGAAACUUUUUGAUGAUGGAGCAGGUGCUGAUGCUAUAAAAAAUGAUGGAAUUUACUCGAGGUAUUUUUUCUCCUUUGCUGUAAAUGGUAGAUAUAGCUUGAAAGUACAUGUCAAUCACUCUCCCAGCGUAAGCGCCCUGGGCCACUCUAUUCCAGGGAGUCAUGCUAUGUACAUACCAGGUUAUAUAGCAAAUGGUAACAUCCAGAUGAAUGCCCCAAGAAGAUCCAUGGGCAGGAGUGAGGAGCUGCGAAAGUGGGGCUUUAGCCGAAUAAGCUCAGGGGGCUCCUUUUCCGUGCUGGGAGUUCCAGCUGGCCCCCAUCCCGAUGUGUUUCCGCCAUGCAAAAUCAUUGACCUGGAGGCUGUAGCAGUAGAAGAGGAGGUGACUUUAUCUUGGACGGCACCCGGAGAAGACUUUGAUCAUGGCCAGGCCAACAGCUAUGAAAUAAGAAUGAGUAAAACUCUACAGAAUAUUCAAGAUGAUUUUAACAAUGCCAUUUUAGUGAAUACAUCAAAGCUAAGUCCUCAACAAGCUGGCACCAAGGAGAUAUUUACAUUUUUACCUAAGCUUUUCAUAAAUGAACCUGAACAUCCACUUGAUGGAGAGACACAAGGAAGCCACAGAGUUUAUGUGGCAAUACGAACCACAGAUAAGAAUUCCUUGGAAUCUGCAGUAUCUAACAUUGCCCAGGUGUCACUUCCCCACAGUUCUGCUCCAGUACUUGCCAGAGAUCGUCUUAUCUUGAAAGGAACUUUAACGGCAAUGGUUUUCAUAGGAAUCAUUUGUGUCACUAUAGUUGUAACACGCUGUAUUUUAAAUAAGAAGAAAAAAGCAGAUAGAAAUGAGAAUGGAGCAAAAUUACUAUGAACAAAUGCAGAGGUCCUUCCUUCUUAGA